AUGUCUACCAACAUCACCUUCCACGCCAGCGCCUUGACCCGCAGUGAGCGCACCGAGCUGCGCAAGCAGCAGGGCCUCACAAUCUGGCUGACCGGCCUCUCUGCCUCCGGCAAGUCCACUCUGGCCGUAGAGCUUGAGCACCAACUGGUGCGCGACCGCGGUGUGCACGCCUACCGUCUGGACGGCGACAACAUUCGCUUCGGAUUGAACAAGGACCUCGGCUUCAGCGAGGCAGACCGUAACGAGAACAUCCGCCGCAUCGCCGAGGUGGCCAAGCUCUUCGCCGACUCCAACUCCGUCGCUAUCACCUCUUUCAUCUCGCCCUACCGGAAGGACCGUGACACUGCCCGCCAGCUGCACGAGGUCGCCACUCCCGGCGAGGAGACCGGUCUGCCUUUCGUUGAGGUCUACGUUGAUGUCCCCGUUGAGGUUGCGGAGCAGCGUGACCCUAAGGGUCUUUACAAGAAGGCUCGUGAGGGUAUCAUCAAGGAGUUCACUGGUAUCUCCGCUCCCUAUGAGGCUCCUGUUAACCCCGAGGUUCACGUUAAGAACUAUGAGCUUCCUGUUCAGGAUGCUGUGAAGCAGAUCAUUGAUUACCUUGACUCCAAGGGCUACUUGCCCGCCAAGAAGGAGUAA